AUGACUCUCCUACCAAAUCCGACCGUCGACCUCGAUUGGUCCGGUUAUGUUGGAUCAAUUCAAGAUAUCUUUGGACAGAAUGCCAAAAGCCAUCCGGAUCGCACAUGCGUCGUCGAAACGGCUUCUUCCGAGGGCCCGGAGCGUCGAUUCACUUAUAAACAAAUAUAUGAAGCGUCAAACACACUCGCUCAUUAUCUUCAUGAUGCGGGAAUCACUAAUGACGACGUGGUCAUGAUCUUCGCCCAUCGCUCCGUUGAUCUCGUGGUCGCUAUCAUGGGAACUUUGUCUUCAGCCGCCACCUUUACAGUCCUAGACCCUGCAUAUCCUCCAGCUAGGCAAAAGAUAUACCUCGAAGUUGCUCAACCUCGCGCAUUGAUCAAUAUUGGAAGGGCAACCGAUGAAGCCGGUCCGCUUGCACCGGUUGUGCGGAACUAUAUCGACGACGAGCUGCAUCUCAAGGCAGAAGUGCCGUCACUUCGCAUCGGUGACGAUGGAACUUUAUCUGGAGGAGAAAUUGAUGGAAAAGAUGUAUUUUCCGAGGCUCGACAGAAGGCAUCCGGUCCCCCUCCUACCCAAGUUGGACCUGAUAGUCAUCCCACAUUGUCUUUUACUUCAGGGUCAGAGGGCCGACCUAAGGGCGUCUUGGGACGGCAUUACAGUCUUUGCAGAUAUUUUGGUUGGAUGGCUGAGCACUUCGGAUUGAGUUCAGAAAGCAAAUUUACUAUGCUGAGUGGAAUCGCGCACGACCCCAUUCAGCGAGAUGUUUUCACGCCGUUGUUUUUGGGUGCCCAGUUAUUAGUCCCAUCAAGAUCUGAUAUUGCACAUGAAAGACUUGCAGAAUGGAUGGCCAAGUACUCACCAACAGUAACUCACCUAACUCCUGCUAUGGGACAAAUUCUUGUUGGUGGAGCUAGUGCAACCUUCCCUAGCCUCAAGAGUGCGUUCUUUGUCGGAGAUGUCUUGACCACAAGAGACUGCAAAGCUCUUCGAGCCCUUGCUGAAAAUGUCAAUAUUAUCAACAUGUACGGAACGACUGAGACACAGCGUGCCGUGAGCUAUUAUUAUAUCAAAAGCAGAGCGGAGGAUCCUCACGGCAUGGACCACCUUAAGGAUACCGUUCCGGCGGGACGAGGUAUGCAAAAUGUGCAAUUACUUGUCGUCAACCGUGAGGACAGAAAUAAGUUGUGUGGAGUGGGAGAGACCGGCGAAAUUUACGUCCGUGCCGCUGGCUUGGCCGAAGGAUAUCGUGGCGAUCAGGCUCUGAACGAUCUUAAAUUCAUACAAAAUUGGUUCGUUGAUAAUAACAAAUGGGUUGAGGCAGAUCAGAAGAACAACAAAGGUGAACCAUGGAGGAGGUAUUAUAAGGGACCGCGAGAUCGUCUAUACCGAACUGGUGACCUGGGUCGUUACCUGGAAUCAGGCGACGUUGAGUGUACUGGAAGAGCUGACGAUCAAGUCAAAAUCCGUGGCUUCCGAAUUGAACUCAACGAUAUUGAUAGUAACUUGAGUCAGAAUCUCAUGAUUCGAGACUGCAAAACUCUUGUUAGGCGAGAUCGGAAUGAAGAGCCAACACUGGUCAGCUACAUUGUACCAGAAAUGAAAUUAUGGCCGCAGUGGCUAGAGUCCCAUGGCCUGGAAGAUGUUCCAGACGAAGGCACAGACUUCGGUGUCACCAGGGUCUACCUCAAGAAAUUCAGAGCAAUGCAGACAGAGGUCAGGGAUCACCUCAAGGGCAGACUCCCUAGCUACGCAGUCCCAAGUCUAUUCAUCUUCCUAAAAGCGUUGCCAUUGAACCCGAAUGGUAAAGUCGAUAAGCCAAACCUUCCUUUCCCUGAUAUCUCCGAACAAACAGAGGCCACUUCUGAUGAAGAUGUUAAGCGAUGGGAGUCUUUGACGGAGACCGAAAGACUAGUCGCCACAAGAUGGGCUACUCUUAUCCGUGGUCUGAACGAAAAGAAAGUGUCUCCUGAUGAUGACUUCUUCACUCUCGGCGGCCACAGUCUCCUAGCACAGCAGAUGCUGCUUGAUAUUCGCAAGCAGACUGGAGCACAAGUUUCGAUUAAUAUUCUCUACGAGCAUUCAACAUUGCGAGCUUUCAGUGCACAGAUUGACAAGGAACUCCAAGGCGGAAAAACUCAAGAAGAAAGUGAAGAGGAUCCCGCUUACGCAAAAUCUUUGGACCACCUGCUCACAGUGUUGCCGGAAAAGUUCCAAGCUGCAGACCCAGCCACGGUCCGAGCAUCUGCAAGCCCAACAAUCUUCAUUACUGGAGCAACAGGUUUUCUAGGAGGAUUCAUCAUCAAAGAUCUUCUAGAGCGAAAUAGUCGAAAGCUGCAUAUUAUUGCACACGUCCGUGCCAAGGAUGCUGAAUCUGGUAUGGCACGUCUCGAACGCUCGCUUAAAGGUUACGGGCUUUGGCAAGAUUCGUGGAAAUCACGUAUUACCUGUGUUGCUGGAGAUCUCUCUAAACCACAACUUGGUCUGAGCGAUGAUGAAUGGCAAAGACUGGCCCAAGAAGUAUCUGUAAUCAUCGCCAACGGUGCCACAGUUCAUUGGGUCAAGCGUUACCAGGAGAUGAUGGCUGCUAACGUUCUGUCGACCAUUGAAGCCAUGAAAAUGUGCAACAUUGGCAAGCCCAAGAUCUUUACAUUUGUUUCUUCAACUAGUGUACUUGAUACUGAGCACUAUGUCUCUCUUUCUGAGAAACAGAUUAGCACUGGAGAAGGCGCCAUUUCCGAGGAGGAUGAUUUGCAGGGUAGCCGGCGCCACUUAGGUACUGGCUAUGGCCAGACUAAGUGGGUUUCUGAGCAACUUGUCAGAGAGGCAGGUAGAAGGGGUCUUCGUGGCUCUGUCAUUCGACCCGGAUAUAUCUUGGGAUGCUCCGAGACCGGGACAGUCAAUACCGAUGAUUUCCUCAUCAGAUUCUUGAAGGGAUCAAUUCAACUACACUCUCGUCCUCGCAUCAUCAACACAGUCAAUUCUGUACCGGUGAACCACGUCGCGCGUGUCGUUGUAGCAGCUGCACUAAACCCUCUUGAAGGAGUCAAAGUCGUACAUGUUACUGGCCAUCCCCGACUCCGUAUGAACGAAUAUCUCUCUAUCCUGGAAUACUACGGUUAUGACGUGCGAGAAAUAAGCUACGAAGACUGGAAGCAUGACUUGGAGAAAUAUGUUUCUGCUGGCGGUCAAGAGAAGAUCAAGAACAACAUGCUCUCAUGCCAUUAUUCCACUUCUGUGUCAAUGACCUGCCCGGCAAUACCAAGGCGCCUGAACUUGAUGAUCGGAACGCAGUCAAGAUUCUCAAGUUAGAUGCAGACCACUGGACAGGAGUUGAUGAGAGUGCCGGGUACGGAAUCAGUCGCGACGAUGUUGGCCGUUAUCUACGAUAUUUGGCAGAAACUGGUUUCAUUAGCUGGCCCACAGGCAGAGGUCGGCCACUCCCAGAGGUCCGUCUCACAGCUGAUCAGCUACAGGUUGUGGGAGCUGUUGGAGGCCGUGGUGGAGUUCCCCAAUAAUCUGGAUGCCCUUCCAGGAAUUUACGUGUUCAAUGAAUUGCAUCUUUAGAGCAAACAAAAAGUUAUGUAUAUUUGAACCUUAGUUUAUAGAGCAUAAAUAUGUGAUAAGCUA